AUGCCUACCAAGAUUCAUCCAAAAGGGCCACAGCAGUUGGAAAAUGUUGUGAUUGAAGAGCGGUUCUGUAAUGAGUCUGUCACAGCAUUGACUGUAUGGAAGACGUCAUUGGUGUUCAACUGCAAUGGUUUCAAUGUGUUUGAUUCAACCGGGAACCUUCCCUUCAGAGUUGACAAUUAUGAUUCUGGAUAUAAGAACGAGGUGGUUCUCAUGGACGCUGCAGGAAAUUCUCUGCUCACAAUGAGAAGAAAGAGACUUAGCAUGUACGGUGAAUGGCAUGCUUUCUUAAAAGACAAAUCAGAUGGUCAAAAGCCAUUGUUUAUAGUCAGGAGCAAUUUUCUGCUUCCUACCAAGACUUUGGCACAGAUAUACGUGGGUUCAGUAUCAGAGAAGAAGCAUCCAGAUUACCAGAUUGAAGGGUCUUUUGCCAAUAGAUCCUGCACUGUUUACAACAGCUCCCGUAACAUUGUUGCUGAGAUGAAAAGAAAGCAAGUAAGCUCAGAGAUAACACUGGGAGGAGAUGUGUUCCGUGUGAUUGUACAGCCUGGCUAUGAUCAAACUUUUGUAAUGGGUUUGGUUGUCAUUCUUGAUCAGAUCGGCUCGAAUGAACGCCAUAUGAACACUAACCUUCACUCCCGUACACUUAGUCUUGAUUUGCCAAGGCAUUUGCCAUGGAGAAGUCUUUCCUUAGGAACAUGA